GUAAUAGCUUGUAAAUCGCACUGGACAAGUCUCAGUCAAAGACUCAUAGGGCAUUGAGGGCACGUAUACGCUUACUAUUUUGAAAGUGGCUCCAUGAAAACUCACAUUGGAACCCAUGGGAAACCAUACAUAGCAGUUUCUCAUCAGCCGACUCAUCAGAAAUCAAAAUCAGUUUCUAUUACGUAAUUUUCACAGUCAGAAGUCAACAGUUUAUACUGAAAUUCCGGUGGAUUGGUCGAAUAUUGAGAAAGAUUCCAAGAAUUUCUUCGACCCUUUUUCCCACUUGAAGUCAUUUGCGUUACCUUUUUUUUUGGUUCUUGAUGCAAUCUCAGCUUUACUUCAAAUUCAUCAUCAAUUCUUAUCAUCUUCUUUCCCGCAUGCCACUGUUGGAUUUUCUUAUUUAUUACUUCAGUUAAAGCUCUAUUUUUUCGACCCAUUUCAGCUUCAGAAGCUGCGGUAGAGGCAGAGCUAGAAUUACAAGUUUUUUGAGUUUUGGGUUCUAGAAAAAAGAAAGCCAUAAGGUGGAUGCGAUGAAAACAUUCGUUAUGUUGUUGCCAAUUUUAUGGGUUUUAGUUGUUCUUCAAGGGGUGACAUCUCAUGAAGAUCACCCUCUAGCAAGGAUUGCUGUUCAUAAUGCUAUUGCUGCUUUGGAUGCUCGUGCUUAUAUCAAAGCUACUCCAUCUGUUCUUGGGUCAAACGGUCUAAACCAAGAAUGGAUAACUUUGGAGUAUGGCACAAGCAACCCGUCAAAUGAUGAUUGGGUAGGAGUGUUUUCUCCUGCUAAUUUCAGUGCAGCAACUUGUGACCCUGAAAAUAACAUGGUGACUCCACCACUUUUGUGUACAGCUCCUAUAAAGUAUCAAUUUGCAAACCGCUCCAGUCCCAACUACAAAAGGACGGGAAAAGGAACGUUAAAGCUUCAAUUGAUUAACCAGAGAUCAGAUUUUUCUGUUGCUUUGUUUUCUGGUGGAUUACGAAAUCCAAAGAUGGUUGCAGUGUCAAAUACUGUUGCCUUUGCAAAUCCAAAUGCACCAUUAUACCCACGGUUAGCACAGGGAAAGACGUGGAAUGAAAUGACUGUUACAUGGACAAGUGGAUAUGAUAUCAAUGAAGCAGAGCCCUUUGUGGAGUGGGGUCCACAAGGUGGUCAACAGACUCAGUCACCAGCAGGGACUUUGACUUUUGAUCGUAGUAGCUUGUGUGGUGCACCAGCAAGAACUGUUGGAUGGCGCGAUCCUGGAUUCAUUCACACUAGUUUUCUGAAGGAGUUAUGGCCCAAUUUAGUAUAUACCUACAAACUGGGGCAUAAACUGUUUAAUGGCACGUAUAUCUGGAGUCCGAUGUACAAAUUUAAAUCAUCGCCCUAUCCUGGCCAAAGCUCUCUUCAGCGAGUGGUCAUUUUUGGUGACAUGGGAAAGGAAGAAGCUGAUGGUUCAAAUGUGUACAAUCAAUACCAACCUGGCUCCCUUAACACUACCAAGCAAAUCAUUGAGGACUUAAAGAACAUUGACAUAGUCUUUCACAUUGGGGAUAUCGUUUACGCCAAUGGAUAUAUUUCUCAGUGGGAUCAAUUUACUUCUCAAGUUGAGCCAAUUACUUCACGAGUACCAUACAUGAUUGCUAGUGGCAACCAUGAACGUGAUUGGCCUGAUAGUGGGUCAUUUUAUGGUAAAAAGGAUUCAGGUGGAGAAUGUGGUGUUUUGGCUCAGACAAUGUUCUAUUUUCCUGCCGAAAAUAGGGAUAAGUUCUGGUACUCUACUGAUUAUGGCAUGUUCAGAUUCUGUAUUGCUGAUACUGAACAUGAUUGGAGAGAGGGCACCGAACAAUAUAAGUUCCUUGAACACUGCUUUGCCUCAGUAGAUAGACAGAAACAGCCAUGGGUAAUCUUCCUUGCACAUAGGGUACUUGGUUACUCUUCUGGCGAUUUUUACGCUGAUGAAGGAUCAUUUGGAGAACCAAUGGGGAGGGAAAGCCUUCAAAAGCUGUGGCAGAAGUAUAAAGUUGAUAUAGCCAUAUAUGGUCAUGUUCAUAAUUACGAAAGAACAUGUCCCAUUUACCAGAAUAUUUGUACAAUGACCGAGAAGAACUCUUACAAGGGAACCUUGAACGGGACGAUACAUAUUGUUGCAGGAGGAGGUGGAGCUGGUCUAGUAAAGUUUACACCCCUCCAGACUAAGUGGAGUAUUUUCAAAGAUUAUGAUUACGGAUUUGUGAAGAUGACAGCAUUCGAUCAUUCAAAUCUGUUAUUCGAGUACAAGAAGAGCAGUGAUGGCAAAGUAUACGACUCUUUCAAUAUUUCCCGAGAUUAUAGAGACAUCUUGGCAUGCACUGUGGAUAGCUGCCCAAGCACGACACUGGCAUCUUGAUUGGUUUUAUGAAGGAAGACUUAAAGUUUGAUUUCUGUUAUGCACUAAUUUAGCAUCCCACGAUACCAUCAAUAUCUCUAUAGGGAAACCUAGUGCAGAAAGCAUCCUGUGUUCCGAGGAAUCCAAGUUCAGAGCCACAAGCACCAGGAACCUCACAGAUAAACAGUCUGGAUGAAUAAAUGAAAGAGGGAAAUAGGUUCUUUAUUAGCCUUUUUCAAGUUUUUACUUCAUUGUGUUGAGAUAAGUGGGAAGGUAAAUGUAACAUUUGUGAUAUCCAAUGUAUUUUUAUCAUCUUUCAUAAAACAAUUGGCUUAAAUGUUCAACUAGUGUCUCUAUAUAAUUUACAGUUGAAGCAA